AUGGUUGAUACCAUAGAUAUCACCGAUGAUGACGUGUGCGGUAUUUUCCCGCGAGGGACCGGUGAAGAAGCAAUUCUUCUAGAAUCCACGGAUAUAUCCUCUGAAGAUGAAACCGCUGACGGGACAACACCUCAUAUCGUCACAGGCCAUAUCCAAUCGGUUCAAGAAGUUCAAAAAGUUCUACCCUUAGGUCAUCUACUUGCUAAUGACCUGUUGCUUAACGAAGGGGAGGAGAACCGCACAGAAACGACAGAGAGUACUUUGGAAAGAAUACGGCGCGAACUUUUGCAACUUGAAGUUUCUAAUGAUGAGACCUUGGAAAAGGAAUAUGCGUCGUUGUGGGCUUUCUACGAUAAGUUGGCAGCGCAACAGGAAGCAAGAAUACUAUCGUUGGAGAGAGACAUGAUCUCCAAACUUGAUAAAAGUAUUCGGGCAUCAUCGCCGCCGGAUACAACUAUCUUACCCAGAAAUGUUCAACUAAAUUAUUCAUCGUUACAAAGGAUCAUGGCUUUGGAGACUAGGAUCUCCCAGGUAGAGGCACAGUUGGGUCCCUCUUACCUGUUCAAUGCGGGGCGCAAUAACGAUGAUGAUAAUGGUGAUGAAAGCUUCUCCAGACCGUUUGUGAGCCAGAUCGAUGAGCUUCAUCGGCAUAUGAACCUUUUACUGCAUAAUCCUACUGAUGCCAAUGGAAUAACUGCAUUGGAGGAAAGAUUAGUCGCCUUGAAUAAGAAUUUUGAAGCUUCUUUACUCGGUAAGAAAUUACAAAGGGAGCCAGAUGCUCUCGGCGAGAUAGACUGUCGUUACAUAAGCGACGAAACCAAAAUAGAGCGUAUCUGUGCUGCUUAUGAGGAGAUCAUGCAGUAUGCUGUGAUGCUUCCUCAAUUGACUACAAAGCUCCGAGACGUUAAUCAACUGAACCAUAAAGUGAAUGAGACUUUGAAGAUUGUACGUGGUUGGGAUAACAUACUUCAGGAUAUGAGGGCAGAUACGACCAAAUGGUCCCAUUUAAUUGACAAAGUGGAUCGAAAAUUAGAUGCACAAUACGACGAAGUAAUGUCAAAACUUGAAGGACUUAAAUCGCAACGAUUAAACCAGUAA